AUGUAUAUAAUUCAAUCUGCUGCUGAAAACAUAAGAACCCUCGAUAUAUUUGGAAUGGACGUGCAUCUCCUUAGCUAGAGAUCAAACACCCAUAAAACAUACUCAGGAGCAGCUGCCUCGAUCUUUAUUUUAUCUGUCCUCGUCUAUUCCUUCUAUUCGUUUAUCUUAUAGAUGAACGAAGGUAAAAAUGCAAUUCUCAAUAGACAAGAGGCUCUCCUGUAAAAUAAUGAAGGGUACACUUUUGAUGCAAAGGAUUUCAUUUUUAUAACUGGCCUUUUGGAUGGAGCAGGGUAACCAAUUAUGAAUCAGAAUAAUAGUAUCUAUUCAGUCACGUUCUAUUUUUGUAAUAAAUCUUUAUCAGACACGCAAUGCACUUAUUUUUCCAGUACUAUUUGCGGUGACAUUAUCACUGAAUUAUCAUAGGUAAAAGCAGUUUAAUCCGUUUUAGAAAAUGGGUCUACUGCCUUGACUAAGAGAAGGCAGAGAACUUUUACAACAGUCCGAUUACAAGGUUCUCAAAGGAUGGACAAUUUUACAUUAUUUGGGGUUUUACUUAAUAGAUGUGUAAAUAGCACUGAAAAAAAUGAUUGUGCCUCCCAAGAACAAAUUGACUAAUUGGUUACUAACUCUAACUUCUAUUACUCUUAUACAAAUUUUUAGUUCAGAAAGGAUCUAAAUAGUUAUCCCUUUGAAACUAUGCAGAAUUUUGAUGUUACAACUUUGUAUCCUAAACUAAAAAAAUAUAUAAAAGUAUUAUACUCUUACAGUGUUGCUUACUUAGAGUAUAAUCCUUUUUAUUUCUUUCCUUAAACCACUGAAUGCCAGUCCAUAGAGUAUGAUUAAUCAAUAAUUGAUGCCGUUGUAAUUUCAGAAAAUGACGCCCAGCUCGCUUAAGUAGAAUUACAUUUAGGUGUUAAAAAAUUUAUAAGUCAAGUUACUUAUCAAACCCUGAUGGACGUUGCUGCGAAAUUAGGCGGAUUUUUUACAAUUCUCAAAAUUUGUAUUUCAAUAAUUUUGCAACCAAUCUAAUGGUUUCAAUAUAGAUUAUACUUGAUUAAUCGUUAUUUAGACAUUAAAAAAGGAAACAGAUCCCUUACAAACUUGAUAGAUAUUGAUAAUCUGAAUUUCUUAUAGGUGGUAUUUUCUAAAAAUAAGAGAAAGUACUUUUAUGAAUAAAAUCGGGUUAUAGACAAACUAUUGGAUAUUGCAGAAAUAGCAUUUAAUCCUUUAAAACUUAUACGGCAAGUUGAAGACUUACAGUUUUCUAUCAAAUAACUCGAUAUUUCGAAAACGAAAAGGUAUCGAUUAGAAGAAAAUGAACAUGAACAAAUAGAAAUUAAAAGUAUUUGCCGAUCCAUAAACUAAGAGUUAGAUUCAAAUGGACAAUAAAAAAUAUUACCAAGCAUCAAGAUUAAUAUAACGAGCAAGUGA